AGGGGGCCCAGUUUCCAUCUCUGACCACAGGAAAUCUGUGUGUGGUUCAAAUGCAAGCAAGUCCAAGUCGCUUUUUGCAGUCUACUUGUGUGUGUGAGGAACAUACGGCAGCAUGACCAGCCAUGUGGAGCAUCCUGCUGCAGGCUACAGGAAGAUCUUUGAGACCGUGGAAGAGCUGAACGAACCUAUACCUGCUAAGAUCUCUGGUGUGAUACCUUCAUGGCUGGGCGGCAGUCUUCUCAGGAUGGGUCCAGGUCUUUUCGAGGUGGGAGAUGAACCUUUCUACCACCUGUUCGAUGGACAGGCUCUCAUGCACAAGUUUGACCUGAAGGAUGGUCAGGUGACCUACUACAGGAAGUUCAUCAGGACGGAUGCGUAUGUUCGUGCCAUGACAGAGAACAGAAUAGUCAUCACUGAGUUUGGAACAGCAGCCUACCCAGACCCAUGCAAAAACAUCUUUUCCAGAUUCUUCACUUACUUCAGAGGCAUUGAGGUGACUGAUAACUGCGUAGUGAACGUCUAUCCAAUCGGUGAGGACUUCUACGCUGUCACGGAGACCAAUUACAUCACUAAAGUUGACCCUGAUUCCCUGGAGACUUUAAAGAGGGUGGACCUGUGUAAGUACCUCUCAGUGAAUGGGGUGACUGCGCACCCCCACACUGACACAGACGGUACAGUCUAUAAUAUCGGCAACUGCUUUGGCAAGAACAUGAGUCUGGCUUACAACAUUGUCAAGAUCCCACCGGCUCAGAACGACAAUUCCGAUCCCCUGGAGAAAUCCCAGGUUGUCGUUCAGCUACCCAGCAGUGAGAGGUUAAAACCCUCCUACGUACACAGUUUCGGUAUGACAGACAAUUAUUUUGUGUUUGUGGAGCAGCCGGUGAAGAUCAACCUGCUCAAGUUCCUGUCGGCUUGGAGCGUCAGAGGAGCCACAUACAUGGACUGCUUUGAAUCCAACGACAGCAUGGGGACAUGGUUCCACCUGGCCACUAAGGACCCAGCAGAUUACCUGAGCAGCCACAAGUUCAGAACAUCAGCUUUCAACCUCUUUCACCAUAUCAACACCUAUGAGGACCAGGGAUUCAUCGUGGUCGACCUCUGCACGUGGAAAGGUCAUGACUUUGUGUAUAACUACCUGUACCUGGCCAACAUAAGGGAGGAGUGGGAGGAAGUGAAGAAAGCUGCGAUGAGAGCUCCUCAGCCUGAGGUCAGACGAUACGUACUGCCGCUGGAUAUACACAGGGAAGAGCAGGGAAAGAAUCUGGUGUCUCUGCCCUACACUACAGCAACAGCUGUCCUUCACAGUGACGGCACCAUCUGGCUCGAACCUGAAGUCCUCUUUUCUGGACCUAGACAGGCCUUUGAGUUUCCACAGAUUAACUACUCUCUGUGUCGUGGACAGAAGUAUUCCUUUGCCUACGGUCUGGGACUCAACCACUUCAUCCCUGACAGGAUAGUCAAGCUGAACGUGCAGACCAAACAGACCUGGGUGUGGCAGGAGGAAGAGUGUUACCCAUCAGAGCCGCUGUUCGUACCAACACCUGGAGCCACAGAGGAGGACGAUGGUGUGCUGCUGAGCAUCGUGGUGAAGCCAGGCACAGAGAGACCGGGCUUCCUGCUGGUGCUGGAUGCCAUGACACUGACAGAGCUGGCCAGGGCCGAGGUCAACGCCAUCAUCCCCGUGACCCUCCACGGCAUGUACAAACCAUGAUCCACACGUUGACCCCAACCCAGCCAAGACAUAUCCUUAACCCUCCUUCUCGUCAAGCGUGCACCUGUUGUCCUCCGGUUUGGUUUACCUGUUUAUAAAGCUUAAAGUAGCCUCUUUAUGAUUACCCAAUUGUAUGUUAUAUCAUUUUAAGCCAACUUCAUAAGUUGUUACCACUAGUUUUACACUUCUUUAUGGAAUUGAUGGUGAUAAACAUCAUUUACAUGAAAUUAUCGGUAAUCUUUGAGUAAAAUGAGCAGAAAUUAGGAAUUAUCUCGACUAAUAGUUAAGGUCAGAGAAACAUAUGUUUAUGGAUGAUCACAGAUUUUCACCCGGUUAGACCAUAAAAGUAAUGAUCAAUAAGUGGAUGGAACCAUCCAUGUUAUUUUUGGGAACUUUGGUUGAAAAGAAAGCCAUAUUUCUAAUGUAGAAACUUUGAAAACAGGUCAAAUUUGACCAGAGGACAACAUGAGGGUUAAAUAGGCUACACCGCCUUCACUUCCCUGUCAGCCAACUACAAAGUUGUGAGUGUCUUUUGAUUGGAAUGUAAAAACGGUUUCUUCUUAUAGACAAUUGAACAGCGUCUUGUAGCUGGUGGAUAAAAACAGUGCCUGUGUA